AUGGUGGAACAGACUGUCACUUCCGAAGACAUAAUUGCAUUCAUGAACCCACUUUUGUCAGCAAAUGAUCAAUUUGUUGCGAAAAAUUAUUUCAACUUUAUUACUCGUGCUUUGCCUACGCCAGACGAUAAGAAUGAAAUAGCGUUUGCGGAGACAGACUUCUGUUAUACUAUUGCAUUCUUGAUGGCACUUGAGCGCCGUUUAAAAGGUAGAUUUGAAAUAAUUUGCACUGAGAGUCAUUUGCUUCUUAAAUUAACUGCUAAGUUCUUGACAAUAGAUAAUGGAGGAACAUUUCUCGGUUUACCAAAUAAAAGAGAGGAGGUUGUUAUAAAAAAUGGCAAGUCUGAUAUUAUAGCUAAAAAGUACCUCCAAUUGAGUCAAAAAUAUUGCGACAAAAAGGAGUUUGAGAAGGCACUUAGAGCAGUCAAUAAAGCCUACUUCAGUGCAUUUUCAGAGGAUGCUAAAUUUGAUUCUCUAUCCAAGAGGUGUUACUUUCUCCUGCAACUAGACUAUUAUGCCGAAUUUCUGCAGGACGCAGUCAGUUGUCUUGAGGCAAAUACUUCCAUCACAAAGAAGAAAGUUAUUUAUUUGCUGUUAUCUAAGUUCUACAAUCAGUUUGAUAACCCGGAAAAAAGCAAAUUCUAUUUAGAAAAAGCAUAUAAAACUGAGAUGAAGGAGGAAGAACGAAAGGAUGAUGUGGAGACGUUGAGGGGGGAAAUUGAUAAACCUUCCCACUAUGGAGUAAAGUGGAAGUGCAUCCAUCCUGAACCUCCAGAAUCCCUGCUCAAAUUUAGUGAACCUACAUCAGAAAAGACAAAACGGGACAUCCAUAGAAUCAGAGAAGAUAUGGCAUCUAAAAAAGUAAAUUUGCUCCGAGUAACAGAUACCGAAUCUGACAAGGGUUGGGCAGUAAACGUUACAAAGAAAGUGCCUAUAGGAUCGAUUCUUUUAAAAGAAAAACCCUAUGCAUCUGUUUUGAGUUCCCAGUUUACCAGGUAUUGUUACUGCUGCUACAAGAGAUGUGUCAAUAUUCUCCCAUGUAAAGGAUGUGCCAUGGUUGGCUUCUGCAGCGAGAAGUGUGCUGAGGAUGCCAGUAACCCUAAUCUUCAUGGAAGUGGUGGACCAGGUCGACAUGUUUAUGAUUGUGGGGGGUUGCUGCCAUGCUUGCGAUUAGACCGCGUUGGAGAAAGUGAACCAGAAGUAGUUGAAAAGCUGCCAGUAACGCACUUGGCAUAUACCUGUGUUGCCAACACUCCACCAGAGGUUCUACUAGACUGCAUAUGCUCUUCUGGUCGAUAUAAGGUGGAAAUCCUUUUCCCUUUUUGUCUCUCCGGUUAUCCCAUGAAAUGGUUUGACGAAGCAGGAAAGGUCUUCUACAAGGAUCCCUCUGAGUUAGAAAAGCGACCGGAUAUUUUGCCGGCAAGCUGGGUUGCAGCCUGUAUGGUAUAUCAUUACAGGUCUGUGCGCUUUAAUGCUCAAAGGUACACGGAAUUACUGGAAUCCCCAACGUCAGGCCAGUCAUUUUACAAUUGGUUGGCCUUUUGUAUCUAUCCAACCAUUUCAUUCAUAAAUCACGAUUGCAAUCCCAAUGCUUGCUUAGCAUUUACAGCUAAUGGCGGUGCAUAUCUCUAUGCUUUACGACAAAUUGAGCCUGGAGAGGAGAUUUCCAUUUCAUAUGGAUAUUACUACUUCUCCCACUAUUCGACACCUUUUCGAAAAGAUACUCUCAAAGCACGCUACCUAUUUGACUGCAAAUGCACUGCAUGUUGUAACUGCGAACGUCGAGUUCUCACGCGAUUUCUAAGUGGGGCACAGUCCACAAAUCUUAGAAUGGCCAUCCAAUGGAAACUAGAGUAUGAGGACAGUGAGUGUGGGUGUGAGCGCUUGGACCUUGGUCUUUCCACAGGUGCCCUCUCAUCUCACACACGUCAGCCGCCAAAUGCCGCUGUCGCAGAAGAAUCCUCCUCCUCUUCCAGUACCUCUUGUCCACAUGCAAACCACGUCCUUUUCCCACCCAUCACCUGA